UAAGUGGGUAGAAGAUUUGUGUGGAAGAUGUGUUUAAUAUUUUUCAGAAUAUUGUAAACAUCAAUAUUAUUAUAAUAAUUAAGGAUUUAAACGGUGAAAGAAUAUAUUCACUAAUCUAUUGAAGAUUACGUGCAUACUCUUUAUUUGAGAAUUAGCAUUUCUUGUCCCUGAUAAACCAACAUGCCUACUUAUUAUCCCUGGACCACCGCAAAAAAACAAAAGCUUAAAGAUUAUGAAUAUCCCUGCUUAGAAGUAUCCACACACCCUUUAAAAAUGGAUAUCGUAAAAACUAUGCCCAGUUCGAAAAAAUCUUUUAUAGAAAGUCUUCAAAAAUGGAGUUCACCAUUUGAAGAAUUGGAUCCACUAAAACGUUUUGAACGGAUGAAUAAUGAAGAGGAAUCUUUACCUGUAGAAUUAAACAUUGAUACAUCUACAAAUUAUUCCAAAGCAUGGAGUAUGAAACGUACAUUUAUUUUAAACAAAUAUACCACAGGAGAAAAGCUUACAAUUGUCAGCAGCUUUCUACCAGGUGGAGAGAAAAUUAGUACUUUUUCAGCUUUAAUAAGGCAGGUUUCUAAUUUGAAUGAAAAAGUGAAACAUAGAUUAGAGCAACUUGAUGAUUUUGAUGAGGGUUCAGUUCGAAAAACCAUGGGUUUAAGUCAGCAAGAGUUUAUUACUAAAGUCCACAUGUUAGAUGAUGAAAUAAAAAAGGCUUGGGAUUCAGAGCAAAGAGUUAAAGCAUUCAAAAUUGCAAUUCAGUGCUCAAAAUUACUUUCUGAUGUAACUGUAAUGCAAUUCUAUCCCAGCAAAUUUGUUUUAAUAAGUGAUGUAUUGGACAAUUUUGGCUCAUUAGUAUAUGAUCGUUUGAAAAAAAAAAGUUUUGGAAAUUUAGAUGUAAAAUUUAUGGACAUAGAUUCAAAUUCCGUUCCUGAAAUAGCAAAGGAGACAUGUCAAAAUUGGCUGUUUAAGAUGGCAUCGAUAAGAGAACUCUUGCCUCGUUUAUAUAUGGAAAUGGCGUUGUUACAAUGCUACGUAUUUAUUUCCAAGGAUGAAAUAAAAGCAACUAUUAUUCGAUUAACUAAAAUGAUACGGGGAAUGGGUAACCCACUAGUUGCUAUAUAUAUACGGGUCUAUUUAUGCAAUAUAGCAUCAAAAUUAUUGGGCAAAGAUAGUGAGCAAUAUUUUUAUGAAAAUUUAAAAGAAUUUAUUGAUGAAUAUCAGCAGAUUUUUCACAGUUCAAUGCUGAAAAAGUAUGGCACACAACUAUUGACUGCAGAUCAAUAUUUAAACUUGUAUGUGCCUGCAGUGGAUUGGUUACUUUUGGGGUCUCUAAACCAAACUACUAAUAAACAAGCUCUUUUGGAUGAUCUAUUGCAGAAGUGUGAUCAAAUUGAAAAUAGUGAACUUCUGCUGUGUUGUAUCACAUCAGCUUUUGAUUCAACUAGCAUCAUUAAUAAAUCUACAACAAUUCUAGACCUAAUUCGUAAAAAUGUUGAUGGAAUGGUGAUGUCACAUCAAAUAUUAGCGUCUCUCGGGGAGCAUUUGUGUCACGCGGAAAGUUAUCGCCAAUUGUCUUCGGAGGUGUUGAGCCAGAACUGGUGGAAACUAGCCAGUAGCAUGAAGGGCACGGCUAACUUCCUGCAAGUGUUGGAACCGUGGAUACAAUUUGCAUGCUUACAGUUGUCUACACAACAUAUAAACAUAAUAUUGCGGGGUACAAUUCGAUACAUGAUCAAAUGCGGGCAGCCGGCGGACGACUACUCCGUACAGAUUCAAGCUGUAGUCAAAAGAAUGCUGAGGCACAUUCCUGAUGUUGAGGAACUCUUCUUGAUGGAUGCGUUCAUGCCCCUCGUCGAGUUGGUUCAAACUUCAAGUGCUCGAACGAUGAUGGCGAAGACGGUGCUGUCGAUAUUUUUCGAUAGAUAUAAAUCGGUGCAAAUAGAUGAUCCUAUUGUAAUAUCGAGUUUGAUGCGUCUCAGCCGAAUUCUACAUGACUCCAUCAAUGCAGUGAGUGUAGAAGACGAGAGCAAGGCGUGUGCAGAAUUGAUAAAUAAAUUCAUCCAAGCGUCGCACCACGACGAUCUGGAGCAACAACUGAACUUCUACGUGGAAUGCAGGGCCGCGUUCAUCAAACUUGACACUGUUCUUGUGGCACUUGUACAUGCGGUGAACACGCUGUCGACGCUUGCGCACGAGUGGCGCGGGCGCUGGCUGCAGCGCGCGUGCGCCGCGUACUGCUUCAUCACGGUGCCGUCGCUGCACUGCGCGCUCAGCAAGGCCACGCUCUACCUGCUCUCGGGGCAGGUGGCGCUGCUCAACAACUGCAUCGGACAGGCUGAAGCGAAUUUAAAAGCCCUGGUUGGUUUAAUACCGGACAUACCGCAAUACAUCCAAGAGGACGGUCAGAAGAAACCCACGCAUGACCGAGUUUUGGGAUUAAUAAGUAAUUUCCUAUCAACGCUCUUAGUACUGCCAGACAACGUAGACAGUAAUAGCAAAGCAUAUAUUUUGAGCGGCUUCAUAAAAACGAUGGAGAAAAUACAAUGGCGGAAAACAGACGCUUUAUAUUACACGACGCUACUGCGUGUUUUAGACUUGCUUAGUGAAAUGACGCAGGAGCAGUACGCGUAUCACAUAGAUUCAGUUAUAUCAAAUGACGAGCUGUAUGGUUCGGACGAAGAAUUCAUUAAAUAUCUGGAUAAUCAUGCGACAAACAUAUGCCAAGAGUUACUUGUCGUAUUGAAAGCGCUCGCAGACGCGAAGGAAACGAAGAAACAGUACAAUUUGGCGCUCGAAUUGUUUUGGAGGAUCGUGAGACGAGCGGACUUGACGCAGCCGGCCAUGUCGGGCUUGGCGUCAAACCUGUGGAUGUUGUCGCAGAAGUUGCAAGAUUCCAAUACUAAGUAUUCGAAGACAAUUCUGUCUGUACUGAAAAAUGAUCCAGCGGGACAACGGCUCCUGGAAAAGCUAAAAGUAUAAUUAUUUGUGUUUGGCCUGUAAAUGUUUCUACUAUUGCAUUCCAUUUAUAUUUAUGACUAUUGUCUCGAAUAGCAUCCAUAUUAUCAUAAGCUGAAAAAUGUUUUUUUUUUACUACGGCAAUAUACUAUUUAAUGUUCAACUUUAUAAGAGAUCUUGAAUAUUGUUUUCCAAUAUAAUUGAUAUUUGUUAUGUGUAUUUAUUUGUUUUAAUAUUAAAGUAUUAAAAUAAAA